AUGGUCCCUGCAUGGGACCUGCCCAUGGUCCUGGGAUCCCUCAAGGGCUCCACCUUUGAGCCACUACAGUCUGCAAACUUGAAAACCCUGUCAUUGAAAACUGCUCUGCUACUGGCUUUAGCAUCAAUUAAACGAGUAGGUGACUUGCAGGCUCUCUCUGUAAGUCUUGAGUCUGGGCCUAAUGACUCCAAAGUCAUCCUAAAACCAAGACAUCGCUUGAACUUGCGUGAAUUUAAGUUUGUUCAGACUCUGAUUUUUGCUAUUGAGGAGAUCAAUAACAGCACACAGCUGUUGCCUGGUGUUUCUUUGGGCUAUAAAAUAUAUGAUUCCUGUGGCUCAAUAGCUCAGGCUAUCUCCUCAGGCAUGGCUUUGAUGAAUGGUUAUGAAGAGACUCUGAGUGAUACGUCCUGUUCUACACCACUAGCUAUCAGUCACUUUGCCACAUGUGCAUGCCUGAGUAACAAAAAAAGGUAUCGAUCCUUCUUCAGAACAAUACCGAGUGAUUAUUACCAAAGCAGUGCUCUGGCUCAGCUUGUCAAGCACUUUGGCUGGACCUGGGUUGGGACAGUCAGGAGUCGCAGUGAAUAUGGUAAUAAUGGUAUUGCAGUAUUUGAGGAAGCUGCAAAACAAGAAGGGAUUUGUAUCGAAUAUUCAGAGGCUGUAUUUAAAACUGAUCCAGAAGAGCAAUUUCUGAAGACAAUAGAAGUGAUAAAGAAGAGCACAGCCAGGGUGGUGCUGGCUUUUAUGGCACUAGGAGAUUUUAUCCCCCUUUUGAAAUUAAUUGUGCAACACAACAUUACAGGGAUACAGUGGAUUGGCAGUGAAUCCUGGAUUAUUUCUCGAAGUCUGGCAGAAACAAAUGAAUACAGUUUACUUUCUGGAGCUGUGGGUUUUGCUAUAGCAAAUGCUGAAAUUGUGGGCCUGCGAGAUUUUCUACUGAAUGUGCACCCUGAUCAAGAACCAAACAAUGAACUUUUAAAAGAAUUCUGGGAAACAGUUUUUCAGUGCUCUUUCAGGAACAGUGGUACUGGUGGCUGUACUGGCUCAGAGAGACUUGCUGAGCUGCAAAAUGUAUAUACUGAUGUAUCCGAGCUACGAAUAGUAAAUAAGGUGUACACUGCAGUGUAUGCUGUUGCACAUACACUACAUAAUGUCUUCAGAUCCUCCACCAACACCAGCAAAGGAGAACGGCCCACACCACAAAUGGUACGUAAAAGCAUGAAGAGUAAAAAAAAAAAAAAAAUCACUCAGAUGUUGGAAUAUAUGAAAGAUGUGAGCUUCACUGUUAAAACAGGGGAGAAAAUCUUCUUUGAUGCAAGUGGUGACCCAGUAGCGAGAUAUGAUCUGGUGAACUGGCAGCCGGCUGAGGAUGGAAGUAUUCAGUUUAAGCAUGUGGGCUUCUAUGACAGCUCAGUGUCUUCAGAGCAAUGUCUUCAAGUCAAUCAGGAACACAUGCUAUGGACAGGAAACAGUAAACAGUUGCCUGUGUCCGUGUGCAGUGAGAAGUGCCCCCCUGGCACUAGGAAGGCUAUGCAAAAAGGUCGGCCUGUCUGCUGUUAUGACUGUAUUCCAUGUGCAGAGGGAGAAAUAAGUAAUGGCACAGAUUCUAGUACAUGCUUUCCUUGUGAUUUGGAGUACUGGCCAAAUGAAAACAGAGACACAUGUGUAUUAAAAGUGGUUGAAUUCCUUACCUAUACAGAAAUCAUGGGAAUGGUGCUUUGUAUUUUUUCCUUCAUUGGGGUGUUACUAACAGCAAUUGUAUCUCUUCUGUUUUAUCUUCAUAAAGAAACACCCAUUGUAAGAGCCAACAACUCAGUGCUGAGUUUCUUGUUGCUCUUCUCACUCUCGCUGUGUUUUUUCUGUUCAUUUACUUUCAUUGGUCAGCCCACUGAGUGGUCCUGUAUGUUGCGUCACACAGCAUUUGGGAUCACUUUUGUCCUCUGUAUCUCCUGUGUUCUUGGGAAAACUAUAGUGGUCUUAAUGGCUUUUAGAGCUACACUUCCAGGAAGUAAUGUCAUGAAAUGGUUUGGGUCUCUUCAACAAAGAUUCAGUGUAGUUUGCGUAACAUUAAUACAGGUGAUUAUCUGUGUGCUUUGGUUAACAAUAUAUCCUCCUUUCCCAUAUAUGAAUUUGAGCUAUUACAGAGAAAAGAUAAUUUUAGAAUGCAACUUAGGUUCAGCUCUUGGAUUCUGGACUGUUCUGGGAUACACUGGCCUGCUAUCAAUCUUGUGUUUUGUUUUAGCCUUUUUUGCUCGUAAACUGCCUGAUAACUUCAAUGAAGCCAAAUUUAUCACAUUCAGUAUGCUCAUAUUCUGUGCUGUCUGGCUCACAUUUAUCCCAGCUUAUGUCAGUUCUCCUGGAAAAUUUACUGUAGCUGUGCAGAUAUUUGCUAUUUUAGCGUCAAGUUUUGGUUUGCUAUUUUGCAUAUUUGCCCCAAAAUGUUACAUAAUUUUGCUAAAACCAGAGAAAAACACAAAGAAACAAAUGAUAGGGAAAUGAUUAAGCAAUACAGAUCAUGCAAUAAAUAUAUUUUGUUAAUGCUGUCAAGCAAAACACAGGCUAUGUGAUUUUGGCCACUGAAAAAUUGAAGUUAAAGUCUGUUUCAAAAUAAAUAGGAAAUGCUCAAUAUUAUGUUAUAGUUAUAACUAACUAACUAAAUAAAUAAUAAAAAAAAAAAAUUAAAAAAAAAACCUUUAUAAUCACUUGAUGAUCACUAAACACUAAACAGCCUACAUUAUAGCAGCACUACUUUCAGGGCUGUCUGACCCAUUAGUUCUACUCUCCACAGGCUGUUGCAGGCUCUGCAGUGUAGGCCGGGUCAGCACUAGACACA